AUGGCGAGCAGCGAUGGGAUUCCUUCAAAAUACUUCGAGCCGCCCAACAGCCUCUUGGCUAUGGAAGACCGUACUUACAACGGUCUUCUCGCUAUAGGAACUCUCGCUACUAUUUCACUAAUCUUCACGAGUUCUCUGCUGAGUUUCGUUACGUGGAGAAUGAUAACGUGGAAAUCUCAUUACUCCAGUGCCGUCGGUCGAAAUCAGUCUGUCGUGCUCAUUUAUCAACUUAUUCUCGCCGACUUCUUACAAUCGCUGGGCUUUUUGAUAUCAUUUCACUGGGUGGCGGAGCGUCAGAUCAUUGGGCCGAACGAGGCGUGUUUUGCACAGGGUUGGCUAAUCCAGCUCGGAGAUGUCGCGAGCGCAUUCUUCGUCCUCUCCAUUGCGAUACACACGACAUACCAAGUUAUUAUCUCAAGAAGCUUAUCCUACAAAUCAUUCAUUUACUGUGUGCUUGGCAUUUGGGGACUUUCUCUACUUCUUACAUCUCUCGCGCCUAUGAUAGGUGGUCGGUUUGUGUUUCAGAGAGCUGGCGUUUGGUGCUGGAUAUCUACUGACAAUGAGGGACUACGUCUUUCCCUCCACUAUAUAUGGAUCUUUAUCGUCGAAUUUGGCUCUAUCCUCGUCUAUGCUACCGGUUUCUACUACCUUUUCCGUGCCAAACGCUCGGAUUCAAUUGUAGUGCCUGCACGUAGUGCUGAGACUAUGCGUAAAGCCCGAACUGCAAUGUUGGCAUACGCAAUAGUUUAUACACUCCUAAGUCUUCCAUUAGCUGCUGGGCGUAUGGCUAGUAUGUCGAACAAUCAACUAUCCGACGAGUAUUAUUUGUUUGCUGGAGCUCUAUUUACUUCUUCUGGUUGGGUUGAUACCCUUCUUUAUACCUUUACUCGACAGGCUUUACUAUUCGACGAAUUAAACGUUUACAGUCGCCGGCCUGGGACUCAUGUGGAAAGCGGCAACCACGGUAAAGAUACGGGGUUCCAGCGGCAGAGUAGCACGGACAGCAUACUCGCCAAUAACGGUUUUGGAAGUAUGAGAGGAAUUAAAAUGGAGAGAACAGUGAAGGUGGAAUUGGACGACUUUGACAGCAGUACUAGCAGUGGAGGAAUAAGACAAGAAUAUUAUGCAACGGCAGAGGCAUUCAAACCAUAA